AUGACGGCGACGGGAGACCAAUCGGUUCCACGCGAAGAACGGGUCCUGCUCGCCGUCAGGGCCUAUCAGCAGGGCCAAUUCGAAAGUACGCGCAAGGCUGCGGCCGCAUACGACGUCCCUCAAUCGACAGUAUCUGAUCGACUGCGCGGUGUCAUUCGCCGACGCGACGCUCAGGUGAACAACCUAAAGUUGACAGCGACGGAAGAGACUGCCCUGGUUCAAUGGAUCUUGUCGAUGGACGAGCGAGGGAUGCCGCCGACAAUGGCUUACACUCGUCGGAUGGCCAACUGUGGGGAGGGUGUAAUUGUCGAGAAGAAGGUCCGAACGAGUUGA